AGAAUAUAAAAGCCAGCCGGCUUCCUACAAUCGCCUUCAGAACUACCUGAUCCCAUAUCACGAGUCACAAACAAUGCGUUUCUCCUCUGCCGCAAUCGUCCUCGCCGUCAUUACUGCUCUAGUAUCAUCAACCUCUGCCAUCCCCGUUACCGGUGAUGAGGCUAGCGCCGAUAAAUGUCGCCCGUGGUGCAUUCAUGACUCACAAUGCCAGAGCAACCUCUGCUGCAUACAGUUGCUCUUUAUUUGCACCGUGAGUCGUGUUUUUGCUUUCACAUCGGUGCAGUAUGGCAGUUGACACCGACGCACGAAUUACUAGUGAUUUACAGAAUUGGUCAAUGCGCAUAAGGAAAUCACAUGUCCACUUCAUGCAGCUCUUCGCAUAU